AGCCACAAUUAAGCUUCUCCGAGUUAAUCCGCAAACAGUCUAACCUUGGCUUGUCUUAUACUUGGUCGGUAGUUUGCGAAGUUGCGACGAAAUAAAAGCACGCCCGGCGAUAAUUACCAAUUAUCUAAUUGUUCUGUGUGUUGAAACUCCGGAGCAUCUCGACGACAGGUGAUGGUCAAGUUAAUUGUAUUGAACAUUUUGUGAUCUCUAACUUCAAAAAGUUGGCCUUCUUCAUGGAAUGCAGCUCAUAACAGUUACAUGUACUUAUAAGAUGUGAGGCAUUGUCCCGAUUUGGUUUUAAACACAACAGAUUUUAACAACUUUAAUUAAGAAAAUUAGUCUAUCUCUUUACCAAAGACUUUUGUUUACAUUAAGAAUCAAGCAUGAAUUCAAUUGGUCAAGGUACCAUUCUACCUUUAAGCAACUUGACUCCAACUCCAUUAAUAGUUAAUAAACCUAAGAUUCCACCUGUUCUAAAUGGAACAGAACAGGAUCUAGACCCAAAAAGACGGAAUUAUCAUGACACUUAUUUAAAAAUUGAUUGGAAUAAACCACUUCCUUCUGAGUAUGCAAAAAUAGCCAAGGCUUUGAAAACUGUAACUUAUCAAAAAAAUGUCUCGCUAUCCUCACUUAUUGAUCCAGAUAAAAACAUGGCAUGCCAACUUAUGUAUAACCUGUGUCUACGUACUAAAGUACAUCACCAAGAGAUAAAGUUUUUACUCAAAAAGUUCAAUAUCUUGAGAGAUAACAAAAAAUUUAUAGAUGAAUUUACAGCCAGAGUUCUAAUUGGCGAAAUGCUGUGGGGUACUCAGGUUUUAAAAUCAAACAGUAAAGAAGUACAGAUUAUGAGAUAUUACGAAGAAUCUUUUAGGGAUUCUUUUAUAGAAGUUCGAGACAUUCAUAAAAAUCCAAAUGAUAUUGACAAAUUUAAGCUGCCAAUAUACGUCAGAAUCAAUACAUUGACGAUAUCAAUAGAUGGCUGUUUAAGUGCUUUUGAAAAAGAGGGUUGGAAACUGCUACCUCGCGCCAAAUCUUAUCCAGAAUAUCUAAGAAUGUUAUCCAUGAUAGGUAAACGUCAAUUUAUAAGAGAUUACCAUAUAUCUGAGCUUUUGGCAUUUCCACAUGGUACGGAAUUUUACCAACAUCCCGGUUAUUUAAGAGGGAAAUUUUCAUAUCAAGACAAGGGAAGCUGCCUUUCUAGUUUUUUGCUGAAUCCUAAGCCUAAUUCAGCCGUUUUUGACGUGUGUGCUGCACCUGGGCUGAAAACCAAUCACCUUGCUAAUAUCAUGGGAAACACAGGAGUAAUAUAUGCAGUUGAUAAUCACCCUGAUAGAUUUGAAGAUAUGAAAACAUUGCUAAAUUUGACAGAUGUAAAGAAUGUUGAACUUUUAAAUACCGAUUACAAUGCUGCUGAUAUCCCAAGAGAAGAAGUCAGAUAUAUUCUAGUUGACCCCACUAGUACAUACAGUGGGGUAUUUUAUAGCGUUGGCAUGCUGAAAAUUGAUCAAAAAUAUCGCCUUCACCGAUUGUCCAUGUCACAAAGUGAAAUACUUAGGUACUGUUUAUUGAAAUUCCCAAAUGUGAAGCGCGUUAUCUACACAGUAUGCUCUCUGUACCCGGAAGAAGGCGAAGCUAUUAUAGAAAAUACACUGCAGGCUAUAGGUGAUUCUUUCUCUCUUCUUAAUGUCAAGGAGAUGCUAUGGAACGAGUGGGAGAGUAUGAGUCCAUCAGAUUUUCCAUAUGCCGAGAGAUGUUUGCGCAUCAUUCCAGAAGUGGACCUCUGUCAAGGCUACUUUAUCGCCGUGUUUGAAAGAAACUUUGACGUGCCAUUACCAGAAUACAAGAGCAUUAUUUUCGACGCUGCUGCAACUUCAGUAGUUAACAUGGCUGAGAACAAAAAGAAAAUCGAACCCAUACCGGAACCAAGGGUUGACGAUCACACGCAAAGACAAUUGAUGAUACUGCAAAAUAGGAUGCAAAAAGCGCAGGAGCAAAAGUUGGCAGCCCUGGCUAGCAAGAAACAAUUUGUGCCAGACCUUUUGAGAUGGCAAAAUCCGGCUCAAAAUCAACCCAAACCGGAUUUGAAACGUUCAACUGCGCAGUCAAAUCGUAAGCAAGGCCUGCUCCCAAAUCCUGGCUUGCUUCCAAGCCCAGGUUUGCUACCGAAUCCUACUUUGUCCAUGACCUCUGGUACGAGUUUGCUUCCAAAUCCGGAUACAUUACAAAAUCUGAACCAAUUGAUGACCUAUCAAACUCAAGAUUUAAUGGUUGGACGGAAUCUAGAUGUGCUUCAACAGAUAGAUGGAUACCGAAACGCGUAUUCACUUCCAAACGAGCAACAAAAUUCGAUUUCGCAGUUUCGGUUCGACGAUUGUCAGAACACGUAUCCCGAGCGUCAAAAUGUAUUUUCUCAGCUACAAUCGAGCGAGCCCCUGUUUAACUUGUCAACCCAGUUGAACCACAACCAAGUAGAGCCUCCGAGCUUGUUCUCUCAACCGAACCAAAAUGCAUUCUCUCGAGACCGGGCAAAUAUAUACUCCGACGGACUGUUGAACGAUCGCUCGGGUGUGUUUUCUCAAAACCAGGAUAUGUUUCCGCGAUCGACGGAACCUCCGAGCCUAUUCUCGUUCCAACCGUCGGAUGAGUUCACCCAAAGCCUGUUCUCUCAGCCGCAAUCAAGCCAAUUUCAACAGCAAUCACAGCCGAACCGAAAUUCCAAGUCGCGCUCAAAAGCCAACUCGGAACGUAUUAUCGUGAAAACACACAACCAGCUGUGGCCGUGAAUACAUUAUAGCUUUAAAACAAAAUAGUUAUAAAUUUUUUCAAACUAAUUUUUUAUUGCAGUAUAAUUAAUAAUUUUUCAAUCGGCUACGACUUAAAUGCCUGAAAUUGAUUUUUCUAGUGUCAUCACACUGCAUAUUCUAGUAGUCUCAGACACUUGCAACAUUUUGUAAAAAGAAAGGAUUUUAUAAAAACCAUGAAAAAAAAGGUCAAUAAAAAGAAGAAAAAAAAAAAA